GUAAGUUGUGCCAAUUCUAGUGGCAUCCUUUCUCCUUGAUUCACCAUAGAAAGAAGCAAGGAGUUUCUCUUGAGAGUGUAGGACGAUCUCUUAGCUUCUCUUUGAUUCAGUGGAGAAAGAAAGAAAGAGGUUGAUCUUUUUGAGAGCAAUGGCGGAGAAAGCCACUCUUCUCUGUGCUCCACUAUCUGCAUCUUCUGUGGAGAAGAUGUUGCACCAGAUCGACGAAGCCGUGGCUGCCGGCGCGGACCUCGUGGAGAUCAGACUGGACCAUCUUCGCAACUUUCAGCCACACCAAGAUCUUGAAGUCCUGCUGAAGGGAAGAAAACUCCCAGUUCUCGUUACUUAUAGGCCUAAAUGGGAAGGUGGUAAUUACGAGGGCAAUGAACAUGAAAGACUGAAGGCACUUCGCUUAGCUAUGGAUUUAGGUGUUGACUACGUGGAUGUGGAGCUCCAGGCUGCCAAUGACUUUAUUAGCUCCAUAUCUGGAAAGAAGCCUGAGAACUUCAAGAUUAUUGUUUCAUCACACAACUAUCAAAGUACUCCUUCUGUUGAGGAACUCACAGAUCUAGCUGCAAAACUACAUGCAACUGGAGCGGACAUAGUGAAGAUUGCCACAACAGCUGUAGAUAUUACAGAUGUAGCUCGAGUUUUUCGAGUAAUCGUAAACUGCCAGGUUCCAGUUAUUGGAUGGGUCAUGGGAGAGAGGGGACUGAUUUCUAGAUUGUUGAGCCCCAAAUAUGGUGGGUACCUUACUUAUGGGGCCCUUGAAUCUAGCAAGCAAUCUGCGCCUUGGGAACCCACAUUAAGAGAUUUGCUAGAUUUGUACAACAUAAGGCAGGUUACGCCUGACACUAAAGUCUUUGGUGUUAUUGGAAAGCCUAUUGGACAUAGUAAAGGGCCAACUAUGUACAAUGCAACAUUCAAGCAUGUUGGAUAUAAUGGCAUCUAUGUGCAUCUAUUGGUGGAUGACCUUGCUCGCUUCCUUGACACAUAUGCUUCACCAGACUUUCCUGCUUUCAGUUGUGGUAUCCCUCACAAGGAGGCUGCAGUAGUAUGCUGUGAUGAAGUUGACCCAAUUGCAAGGAGCAUUGGAGCUGUGAAUACUAUUGUCAGCCAGCCAUUUGGUCAAAAGUUGAUGGGAUAUAACACUGACUACUAUGCUGCCAUAUCUGCCAUUGAAGAUGCACUUAGAGGUACGACUACUAGCAGCAAUACAGCCAAUUCACCUCUUGAAGGUAAACUGUUCGUUGUCAUUGGUGCUGGUGGGGCUGGGAAAGCACUUGCUUAUGGUGCAAAAGUAAAAGGAGCAAGAGUUGUCAUAGCCAAUAGGACCUUUGAACGAGCUAAAGACCUUGCUGAGUUAGUUGGUGGUGCUGCUUUAACUUAUGCUGAACUGGCGAACUUCCACCCAGAGAAAGGCAUGAUCCUUGCAAAUGCUACUUCUGUUGGAAUGCAGCCACAGAUAGAGGAGACACCAAUACCAAAGCAUGCUUUGAGAUAUUAUGCUAUUGUUUUUGAUGCCGUCUACACCCCCAAAGUUACAAGACUAAUGCAAGAAGCAGAGGCCUCAGGAGCUAUCCCAGUUAGUGGUGUGGAAAUGUUCAUUAGACAGGCGAAGGGACAAUUUCAACACUUCACUGGCCUACCUGCACCUGAGGAAGUAAUGCGUGAGGCAGUUCUAAAUAAGAUCUAGAAGUUGAGACUAUACUUCCAUAUCGGACAAUAAAAUCAAUCUCUUCUUUAACAGCAUAUAUUUCUGGCUUUAUGCAAUUUUUUAUCUAGCAACCAUCCAAAAGCUGGGUUUAGUACUUCUCCUAUGAUUAUGAACUGUCUGAUGGAUUUAGGUGAGAGCACAAAAGCAGAAAGAAGGCAUACAAUGUCAACCAAUAGAGCCAGCUAGGUAAGUUCUUUCCAUUUUCCAAUGUGAAUUGUUCUGCACAGUCCUCAGAAAGGAUAAUGUAUACAGAGCCAGCUACAUAGGUAUUUUCCAUUUUCUAAUGUGAACUGAUCUACACAAACCCCUGUAAGCUCGCCACACUGAAACCAUGACUGCCUUUUUCUCA